AUGAAUGCUAGGGAAUUGCCGGUGGCAAAAUUAUUGGAUUUUAUGAGGGAAUUGGUUGAAAGAUGGAAUGCGACGCACAAUGAAGAAGCAAAGAAUACAUUCACAGAUCUUACUAAAAAGUAUCAAGAAAUUAUCAACAAGAAUGAGGUACGAGCUUCCACUGAAUUUCUACAUACAGUGAUUGAUGGUGUUAGGAGGUUCACAGUGUGUCUUCGAGCUAGGGCGUGUACUUGUGGAAGAUUUCAACUGGAUGAGAUACCUUGCGGGCAUGCUAUGACUGCUAUAGUGUAUAGGCACCAACAUGGAGCGGAAUAUACCUCUGCCUACUACAACAAUAAGAAUUUCCUAGAUACAUAUGCAAUACCAGUUGUGCCUCUUCCAUGUGAAAGAACAUGGGAUAUACCGAGGCAUGUAAAGGAAGAGAUUGUGUUGCCACCAGAUGGUAAAAGACCACCAGGAAGACCAGCUACCAAACGAAUGAAACCAUUCCACGAGGGGAAAUUUAAGAAAUCAACAGUGACAUGCAGUAGAUGUGGUACAGAAGGCCACAAUAAGAAGACCUUAACAGUAGAAACUGAGUACAAUUUUAAUAAUAAUAAUAAUGUUGAAAAGCUGAUGUAUUGUGGUAAAUAUGUCAAGCUCACAUUACCUGUGGUUUGUUGGUGGACUCACUGGCUUUCACUUGUAUCUAAUAAGCACCAAUCAGAACCUGAAGCAAGAGCAGCUACACGAUUCAAAACGCCUCUCAAACCAAAUUGUAUGAAAGACGUAUCAAAUAUGAUUAAUAAACUCAAAGAUUCAUAG